AUGCGCAUAUCAGAUACCUCCUAUUCGAUGGAGUUGAACAGGGAUAUUUUAACCCCGAUCGAUUCCAGUAAUGAGACUCUGGCAUCCUCAUCCAAGAAUAACACCACAAGUAGUAAACUCAUACGAAGUCAAAAGAGUAUGACGAUGAGUGAUUUACGCAAUUUGUCCAAUAACUCUGAGACAAGUAGAUCAUCAUUGUCUACGCCGCAGAAGAAUAUGACGAUAUACAGAGAUUAUUCUAUCAGACCCAAAACUAAUGAUGCAGUGGAUGCAAUGGUACGAUCACAGACACAUUUAAAUAAUCCAAUGAGACCAAAUAUGAAAACAAAGAGUGUAUCCUCAGCCUCAAUUCUUAGGAGAAAUCAGGAUUCUAAAAUGAAACAUGCCAAGACUGUCUCUUCUACACCAAUAAAGAAUAAUGAUAAUAGCAAGAAUAACAACAACGUCCAUAGAAAUUCAAUGGACACGCAACGAGCAGUAAAAAGAAACACAGGAGAGUAUCAACGUUCUAAUAUUCUGUUCAAAUCACGUAGUCAUCAUUCACAGAUUUUCCCAGUUAUAGACCAUACUUUGGUAAGUCCUGAUGAAGCUACGAAGAGAGACAGAAGAUCUUCAACAUACACUAUGAGUUCGUUGCCUAUUUAUCAAUUGAAGGGGAGCAAACAUCUUCUGGAUUCUUCAUCAUCUUUACCACCGAUGAUAGAAUCUAAUACUACUACAACCACUACUACUACAAAUAGCUCAGCAUCCACAAUAGAUAUGGAUAGUAGUUUUGCCAGUACAUCAUCAAGAUUAAGCGUAAGACCAGGAAGUACAAAGGGACCCUUCAAUAUAGGGAAUGCCAAUACACCGAGAACUACAUUUAGUAGUCCGCUGCGAAGACAUUAUACAACUAUUAUAGAUGAUGAUCAAGAGGUCACCCAUGUGGCCGGCCACAGAAUAGGAGAAGGCGAUGUGAAUUUCAAUAUAGUAUACGAUAUGUUAACCGGUAUACGAUACACUGUUUCAUCACGAAUGAAGAGCACGCAGACUGACGUUCAAUUGACAAAUAAAGAUUUCUCAUUUAACAAUAAACUCGUAUUUGAUAGAAAAGGUAGUGAACCGUUGCAGGACUCAAUCCUGACCCAUUAUGAAUUUAAAUUUAAAGAUUAUGCUCCAAAAGUGUUCAAAGAUCUUAGAAAGACAUUUGGUCUUAAUGAAAAGGAUUAUCUUGAAUCCUUGACAUCAAAAUAUAUCCUGAACGAAUUGAAUUCACCUGGUAAGAGUGGUUCGUUUUUCUAUUAUUCAAGAGAUUAUAAAUACAUUAUCAAAACUAUUCAUCAUUCUGAACAUACACAUUUAAGAAAGACACUCCAACGAUAUUAUAAUUAUGUUAAGAGAAAUCCUAAUACCUUGAUAUGCCAAUUUUAUGGUCUUCAUAGAGUAAAAUUACCAAUUACUUUCCAGACAGGUAUCAAAAAUAAAAAAGUUUAUUUUAUUGUGAUGAAUAACCUAUUCCCACCAGAUAUACAAAUUGAUACCACUUUUGAUUUAAAGGGUUCACUCUGGGGUAGAUACACAAAGAUUCCUGACUAUUCACAUAGACAUGAUAAUGCCAAUACCAACCUAUUAAGUACCAGUACCAAUGGUAGCCGUAUAAUUUUGAAGGAUCUGAAUUGGCUAGAUCAAGAUGAGAAAUUACAUUUUGAUAGAACAUGCAAUAAAUUAUUGCUGAAACAAUUGAAAAAUGAUGUAGAUAUUCUAUCUAAACUAAAUACCAUGGAUUAUUCUCUGUUAGUUGGUGUCCAUUUUAUAGAGAGACCAGAGAAUGAUAUGACCGAUUUUGCUGAUCAAAGUUUCGGAAGGUUAGAUAAACCUGCUGUUCAGAAUUUUGUGAACAAAAAUGAUCCUUCUGGAUUACCAACCAAUCUAUUCACUCAUUUUGAUGGUGGCCUGCUCAGUAUUGAUACCACAUCAGAUGGAUCUCAAAUGAUAUAUUUCAUAGGAAUAAUUGAUUGCUUAACUAAUUAUUCUAUUGUUAAAAGACUGGAAACUUUUUGGAGAGGUAUAAAUCAUAAGCUUGAAGUAGUUAGUGCGAUACCACCUAAGAAUUAUGGAGAUCGUUUCUACAAAUUCAUAGAAAAUUCAAUAAGUAAUGACAAAGAACCAAGGAACUAG